AUGCCAAGAGGCCAUCGUGUAAGUGUACGCGACUCCUCUGUCACAUUGAGUAACUGUACAGCAAGUGGUUGUGCCACAAGCAACAUUAUCAUGUCAUACAUACACUAUCCUGAUUUAGACAACUACCGAUAUCGUAUCGAUUUUAGCGCAGAACCUUAUGGUACUGGACCAUUCUUUGAAGGAACCACUCUUGGUUUUAUCACUGACAAGACAUCUCUUCUCGGUUUUGAGUUUACAUACGAUGCUAAACAGUGUACCUGCAAGAGAACCACCAAGCCAUCUGGUAUCUACCAUAUUACUUGUGUUACAGAUGCACUACAAUUUAUUGAUAACAUUGGUAUAGGUGUAGGAUUUAAAGCUCAGUUAUACGGAUCCAACAGUACCAAGAUUGCUGGCCCUAACACCAUCCAAACAACUCAUAAUUUUGUUGCUCAAAAUUUUGCUAAUGACAAAAGCAAUGUUCCAUUGUGUGCAUUAAUUCAUGAGGAUAUUGUUAAUCGUCAAACUGUAACAAGCACCGGUCAGCUGGUAGCACUUUCUACUCGCACUAUUGAGAUUUAUAAUUUCACUCCUCACGCAAGUGAUAGUGAUUAUGUUAUUCCUCCUCACUGUCCUAGAUCAUGCUAA